AUGACGGGAAAGCGCGUCAGAACAUCAUCGUUUUCUGCCACAGACAAUGGCGCGAACUCUCAGAAAAAGCAAAAGAUGCAAGAUAAGAAAGCGAAUACCAUAGUCAUAAAUGCAAGAAGGGUACAGCUCGAAUCUGCCCGCAGAAGGUGGCUGUACCGCCAUCACGACCUGUUUCAACCACUAUUGCCCUCGACUUCAUUCUUCGACACGUUGCGCAAGGAAAUAAAAGAAACGGAAGGAAGCACGGCUUAUGUCCCACUCCGCGUCCUCAUGACACAGCCUUCGUUGAUAAAGGGCGGUGAAAUGAAGGAUUAUCAACUUCAAGGCCUUGCAUUCCUAAUCUACAUGUAUAAGAACGGGAUGAACUGUAUAUUGGGUGAUGAAAUGGGCCUUGGAAAAACACUGCAGACCCUAUCCCUCUUUGCACAUAUUCAAGAGAACGAACCCGGCCGUUACGAUCCACAUCUUAUCAUCUGCCCUCUUUCUGUUUUGUCCUCCUGGCAAAAUGAAGCUGCCCGCUGGCUACCCUCAUUGCGCGUAUUUCGUUUCCACGGCAAUCAGUCGGAGAGAGAUCGACUCAAGACCAGUGUCAGGAACGACGAUAUGAAAUUCGAUUUAUGCAUCACGACUUAUGAGGCGUAUGUUUGUGAGGAUAAUUGGUUCAAGAGCCGACGAUGGUUCUAUUGUGUUCUUGACGAGGGGCACAGGAUCAAGAAUUCUGAUACCAACCUCUUUGGCAAAGUCCGUGGCUUAGGUUCUCUGUACCGACUCAUCCUUACUGGCACGCCUGUACAAAACAAUUUGGUCGAGCUAUGGGGCCUUUUGAAUUGGCUAUACCCAACCAUAUUUACUCCUCCUUCACAGCGAUUAUUUCACGAAUCCUUUGACCUCUCUCGUGGCUCAUACUCCAUACCGUUCCUAAAGGCUGCGCAGGAGCUCUUGCUUGUCAUUAUGAUGCGCCGCACCAAGGCGAACGUCGAUAUAGCCGUACCGCCACGUGAAGAACUUACUUUAUUCAUACCCAUGACGGAGGCACAGAGGUUCUGGACUUAUAGAUUGUUAACACGAAUGGAUACAAUGGACCUAGAAGAGAUUUUCACAGAGGAGGAUGGCCUGCUAAAUGAGGGACGCAAGGAAGUGUUUUCGCACAUCGCAUCAGCGAUAAAUCGGAAUGUCUCUGGAGAGACAAACAGAUGGCGGAAGCUCAUGAAUUUAUUGAUGCAGCUACGUAAAGUUUGUGAUCAUCCAUAUCUGCUAAAAGACGCGUCCCCUUCGCCAUAUAUUAUUGGCGAACACGUUGUUGCCUCGUCCUCAAAACUCAUUGUCAUUGACAAGGUUCUUGCCGAUACCCUGCCCAAAGGAGAACGUGUCUUGAUAUUUUCUGGUGUUAGCAUGCUCGAUCUCCUGGAGGAUUACAUGGAACUGCGGUCAAUACCAUACGCUCGGCUGGAUGGUGGAACAACCCGCCCUCGGCGGAAUCUUGAUAUCAAACUGUUUCAACAAGAGAAGUCUCCAUAUCAAGUCUUCCUUGUUUCGACCAAAGCGGGUGGACUUGGUAUAAACCUUACAAAGGCAUCAACCGUCAUCAUGUGCGACUGUGAUUGGAAUCCUCAGAACGAUUUGCAAGCCAUCGCUCGGGCCCAUCGCAUUGGUCAGACGAAAAUCGUCAAGGUGUACCGCCUUAUUUGUCGCGGAAGCGUCGAGGAUCAGAUGCUCGACCGUAUUCGUCGCAAGAUGUUCCUAUCAUUAAAAGUCAUGUCUUCUUCAACGUCGUCAUCUUCUGCCAACGAGGAUAAUACCCAACUGAAGACUACAGAGCUUCUGGACAUUUUGCGCAAAGGUAGUAGUGCCUUGUCUCGGUCGGAUGUAGGCAUGGACUUGGGGACAUUCCUCAAAGCGCCAAUCCAAGAAAUUCUCGACGACUCACGAGAGCGGGAAGGAGCGAGGGAUGUGAAGCUGAAGAAAGAGAUGGUGUCUUCGCAUGAUAUUGCUGAAGAUAACGAUAUCGAUGAGAAAACGCUGCUCGAUGCAGAGGAAGAGGAGCGAAAGCUUCUUAGUGGCAUCGCUCAAGUACAGAGUAGACUCUUCGAAGGCAAGCUCAUUAAACGCAAUCAAAACAAUCAUCAGAUUGCGCAGGAGUGGCAGGAACUACAGAAACGGGCGCGCAUAGACAGGACAGUUGUGGUAGAUGGUAUCACAGUCAUCGCUGAUCAUAUGGGCCAGAGUGCGGUUCGUGUGGUUCCGGCCUCGAAAAAGAAGUCGAAAGCAAAGCACGAAACAGAGGAUUGGUGCGUUUAUUGUCGAGAUGGCGGCGACGUGAUCCUCUGUACCUCGUGCCCCCGAGUAUUUCACCCCAAGUGUCAUGGUAUUACCGCAGCGCAACUCCGCAAGCUACCUAUGAUCUGUUGUCCCCAACACAAGUGCUCAGCUUGCGAUCGCUCCACUGCUGAAGCAGGAGGAAUGCUAUUCAGGUGCCAAACAUGCCCACAAGCGUUCUGCGAAGACUGUAUGCCUGAAGGGGAGAUCGAUGCUGUCGGGGAAGUGUUGCCCGAGUUUGUGUUGUUGGGGUACGGUGCUACGAGUACAGCCUACUAUAUACGAUGUCAUGAGUGUCAUGAACAUUGGAAAAAGGAGCCGCAGGCUUGGAAAGCCUGGGAGGAAGAAAUGGCUGAAACACAGGCAAAACUAAACUCCUUGCAGACCGCAUAG